AAGGAAGGAGCUGGCGCAGGUGGGGGGAAGCGACGCGGUUGAGUUGGAGACACUUUUUUGGCCGGACGCAUCAUCCAUCCUCAUCCAUCCUCCCUCAAUCGUUGCUCGCCGCAUUCAAGUUUCAAGCAAGAGUUGGGCCCACUCUACUACAACCCUGACAGCAUGAAGACGCCACUCAUCGCGACGCUUAUCGUCACCGUGUGCAUUUGGUGCACUUGUACAGCGCUGUCCGAGUGUCCAACAAGCUGGUUGCGCUUAAGGGAGCACUGUUACUACUUCUCUACCGACCAAAUGUCAUGGCGACAUGCUGAGUACAGCUGCCUCUCCAAGGGAGGCCACCUGGCGAGCAUUUGGGACAGAGAGGAGCAGUCCUGGGUGCGUGCACAAAUGUCUGUGAGCAGCGCCUGGAUUGGCCUGUACUAUUCUCAAUUGUCUCCAGCACAGUGGAAAUGGACAGACAAUACAAUUUACUUUUUUCUUGCAUCGUUCUGGAAUUCUGGUAAACCAAGCGGCUAUCUUCUUUUACGCUGUGCUGAGGUCAUGUCCCGGGCAGAGGGCUGGGACCACGUUUCCUGCUUAAAAGUCCAGCCGUACAUCUGCAAGCGUGCCGUAGACAAGACCCCAAUUCCUCCUCCGAGGACCAAUUGGGAGACCGAGAUCUGCGCGAGCGACCCCAGUCAGUCGUCGUGUUCCUCCAAUGACAUCACAUGCUCGUGCCUGCUCGCCAUGUUUGCUAACCCGAAUGGCGGAUUCAAAGCUGCGCUCGACCACGGCCUCAGCGUGAACCGCAGCAUCGUCAUCAGAGGACGAGCCAAUCCCAGUGCAGAGAGGCUCAUCGUCAACGUGAGGAUGUACGACAGCGACGACGCCGACGGCGAUAAUCCGACGGCGUUGCGCCUGGCGUUCCACUUUGAAGGUGGAACCAUCGUGCUCAACUCCCACUUGAGCAACUCGUGGGGAGAACCACAGACGGAGGACUUUGCCGAACAGUGCCCCUUUGGAGCCGGACUAGAUUUCAAGAUUGUCAUCUUGUGUGAUGCUGACGCUUUCCGCCUGACCUUCAACGACAUGCAGCAGCUGGAUUACAAGUAUCAAGUCCAAGACCUGCAAAGUAUCAAGUGGCUGGAGGUCUGGUACGCGCAGCUGACUGGCAUCCAACUGAUGUGAAGGCUGGACGUGAAGGCGCAGUUCGCAAACAGCUUCGCGUCCUGAUGUCCACUUCUUUUCACUCACUGCUGCCACCUUCUGUUGUUAUCCACUGUUUAAGUUAGAUAUAUUGUGCCUUGAAGUGACUAUGUAAACAUUCCAUGUAACGAGUAGAAAUAAUCAUUAACUUUCAACAAUGUCAGCAAACGUGUUUGAACAAGAAUAAAAGCCUUGCUCUCA